UUCCGCCGCCGGGGCCGCCCCCGGUUCCGCUCGGCCGCGGGCGCCGGGCAGGGACUUCCAUCCCCAGCGUGUUUUAUAAUAGAGCCCUGAGGGAUUCUUCACGCAAAGCCUCUGGAUCAUCUGGGCAACUGUAGAAGCUGCAUGUGUAUAUUGAGUGGCUGAAACAAGACUGCCUAGAGGAGAGACUGGCGCAGUGAGAAUUCUUCCUUCAACCAUGGGUGGAGAACUUUCACGGUUGUGGAAAACACCUGACCAAAAGGAGAGUGAAGACAAACAGAUCUUGCCCAGGCAACUGGAUGCUGGAGAUGAAAUCGCCAAUUAUGCCAGUAUCAAUGACUCUGCUACGUCCUGUGUGGGCAUCGCACGUCAAAGCUGUGUCAACUGUCCAACGUGUCGGGGAACGGGAAGGAUCCCCGGGGAGCAAGAGAAGGAGCUGGUGGCUCUCAUUCCAUAUGGUGACCAGAGGCUGAAGCCUAGACGAACGAAACUCUAUGUGUGUCUUGCUGUGACAAUCUGCCUGCUGACAACAUCCCUCAGUAUUUUCUUCCUGUUUCCUCGCUCCAUUGCUGUGCUGCCUGCAGGGCUGACUGGCUCCUCCAUUGGCUUUGAUGCCAACACCACCAGUAUGUACCUCAACAUGACGAACGUGCUGAAUGUAACUAAUAACAACUUCUACGUGGUCACUGUAGUGCAGCUGGACAUGGAGGUUUUGCACCAGUCGCUGGUAGUAGGGAAGACCACCGUGAAAACCCUGCUGAAUAUGAACCCUUUGCAGAGUGGCCAGAUCCAUUAUAUGGUGGCCAGUACGAUAUCAGACGACAACACCUAUAACAUUUGCACCUGGACAAAAAUCAACGUUCACAAUAUUCUGCUGCAUAUACAGGGUACCCUGACCUGCACAUACCUGUGCCAUUCAGAGCAGCUGGCCUUUGAGGACUACCAGUACGUGGACUGCCGGGGGAAUGCUACGCCACCUCACCCACUGUACCACCGCCUGCCGUGACAGGGCCGGGCUGGCCGAGCUUUUGGGUGCAGCAUAUUCCACCACAAAGGCAAGUCACAGGGAGACAAACCUAUGGGGCGGCUUCUCAAUCUAUGCCUUAGACAGGAGGCUCGGUGUUUCCUGGAUAAGAAUUCCAUCGCUCAUGCAAAGAUGGCAACAUCCUUGGCCUUAUGAAUGUGGUCUCCACUGCCCUCGGAUUGCAGCUUUCUUUUUUCAGUGCCUUAUCGUGGCUGACGCUUCAGCAGUGACCAGGGGUGUCUCUGCCUGGCUGAUCGGAGCAGGAUGCACUGUUCCAGUGCUGCUUUGGAGGCAGCGCCUGAUUAGUUGGACUAACUCUUGUUGUUUCCUCCUUGCAUAAUUUUGCACUUCUGUCCUAAAUUUAAGUAUUUCAUAACUUGAAAAAGAAGGAUUGUGCUGAGACUUUUUGGCUGGAUCGCAUCUACAUCACCAGAACCUACUGACACUUGCACAACCUGCACAACAGGAGCAAGAAUCAGGACCAAUGUCUCAGUCUCUCUGAGUCUUAAGAAAAACCACAUGUCAUGCCAAAACACCCCGUGAGCAGGACGCUUGGGUGACUGCUGUGUUAAGCUGUCCACUAUAGCGGGUGAGAAUAUGCAUUUUUGUAUACGGGUAUUUUUAAAACAAGCUCAUCCGCUAGCUGUUCCUUUCAGGCGUCCAUUUCAGUGAGAAGAAAAUGCAUUCUGUAUUGCGGACCAAGAAGAUUGCUGCUUUCCAGCCAGUGGUGUUUGGUGGACAGCACGUGCCGUUUGUGAUAUUGUUCUCUUGUGUACUUUGGCAUUUAAUGCUUUCAACUUGAACAAGCAUGAGAGAGUUCAUCGCUGACUGGAAAAGCUUAGUCUGCACAAAUAUCAGGAAACAGCUUUGGGAUGUGGUGGUUUAGGUUCUCUUUUUUUUUUUUUUUUCUCACUUUUUUUUCCUAAAGCUUCAGAACUGCCCAACAGACUUUACCAAAGGAGCAGCCCUGGCAGCCUUCUCUUCUCCCAGGGCUGGCAGCUGUACCCCCCAAACGAUGGAGGGGUUAAACAUUAUUCCUUAGGUUCUAGCUUAGAUGCUGCCUGAUGCAUUUUUAGACGGUAAAAUAGGAGCCUGGGAGCUGCUGGAUUAAAAUUUUUACUCAGCAGUUUAGCGUUUUCCUGUAUCGGUCCCACUGAAGGGUAGAACCAAAGCAUCAGAAUAGUUGAAGACUAUUGAAGAAAGUCUCUGAUCCUGUCCUCAAAACACGCUUCCUAUACCAGCACCUCUGGCAGAGCCGCGGCAGAGCGGUGCUCCUCAUCCCACCGCCAUCCCACCACCAUGGGAUCUGGGCAGCGUCGUCCCUGAGGGGGGGAUGAAGCAGCUCCACGUUCCCCGUCACUUCUCCCCAGUGCCGCAUUGCUGGCUCCCGGCUGCGCUUCUGUUACCUGAAAUAAAAGCUCUUGAAACCAAAAGUAGUUUAGCGAGGAGAUACUGCUUUAUUCGACGUCAGGUGUUAGGGAGAAAACCCACAAAUCUAGCACACCGCCCCGGGCAUCUUCACUUAUUAUUUAUAGACAGAAAGAUUCUCAUAAUUCUGCCUACCUAAUAUAUAACUCCACCUAGACUCACACAUUCAUGAGGAUGACCAAAUAGCCUUUUUGCACAUGCGUAUUAAGUGUUGCUGUGUCGGCAAAACACUUCUGCGCAAGCGUUGGGUGUCUCGGUGGUGGUUUAGGUAAGGAGACCCUUCCUCACGUUAUCCUUUGGAGUCAUCUCAGGACAGUAAAAGUUUACUGUACGUUUGCCAACUUCUUGAGGAUGAUAAGGAUGUUCCUUGAAGUAGCCACAGCUCUGUCCUCAUUGGUACAGGAGCACACACUUGACGUAAUAGAACCUUGAAGUGAUUAACUACUCGUUAUCCCAUCCUUGGUGACGAGCUACUUCUGGCUGUCUCCUCAUCACUACCUGUAACAGCAGCUCCGUGACUAACGAUUUUCUCACACAGUAAGAAGGUCAGUAAUUAGCUAUUUUCUCACACAGUAAGAAGGUUAGUAGGAAACAAACAACGCUUUAGUUAGCAUAUGGUUAUAAACAGAGGAGUUUCUCCUUGGUAACGCUUCUGGCCCCCGUUUGUUCCGGUUCCAUCACAACAAAGGCCCCUGUGCAGCCCGAGGGGUGACCGCUCCCUGCGGCGGCCCGUCCCGGGCAGGGACCCGCGCUCCCGGGGCGGCAGCAGCUCACUCCGCGUUCGAGCGAGGAGCGCUCCGCGGCUGCAGCCCGCCGCCGGCCGCCAUGGCGCUGGGCCCCGGGCCGGCAUCGCCGCCCCGCUUCCUCCUCCGCCGCGAACCACAGAGCCCGCGUCAUAGACCGUCCGCGGGCGCGAGCCGCUCUAGUCCCUCUCCGCCUUCUCUAUGGUCGCCGGCCC